AUGAAGUUCAGCGCUGCCGUCCUUGGCCUCGGCCUGGCCUCGUUCACUCUGGCCCAGACUGACGCUGCCGGCCCUUCUCCCACUGAGUCCGUCGGCUGCGAGCCUCACGGUGACCACUGGCACUGCGAGGGCCCUGCCGAGACUGCCGCUGCCUCUGCUAUCGAUGAGGUCGAGGCUGCCGGGCCUUCGCCCACCGAGUCUGUCGGUUGCGAGCCCCACGGCGACCACUGGCACUGCGAGGCUCACGUUAGCGAGACUGGCGCCACGGCCUCCGCUACCGAGGCUCACGACCACGAGGAGGAGGACGACCAUGAUCACGAGCACUCCGAUGAGGAGCACUCUCAUGAGGAGCACUCUGAUGAAGAGCACUCUGAUGAGGAACACUCUGAUGAGGAUGUUGAGGCUGCUGGCCCCUCUCCCACCGAGUCUGUCGGCUGCGAGCCUCACGGCGACCACUGGCACUGCGAGGGCCCUGCCGAGACUGCCCCAGCUGAGACUGAGGAGACUCCCGGUGCGACUGAGACUCCUGGUGCCGAGGAGCCCGAGGGCGGCAAUGCUGGUCUCACCAACAUCGUUCCCCUUGUCGGCGCCAUCGCUGCUGCUGCCAUGGCUCUGUAA